AUGGCGUUGGAUUAUGAUGAAGUUUUUGAUUUUCUUGAAAAACUUGUUCUGUCAGAGAUAGUGAUACUAAUAUUAAUAAUUAUCUUUGCAAUCCUGGGCAACGCUUUGGUUUUGGUUGCGACCUGGAGAGAAAGAAGUCUUCAUGAACCAACUAAAUAUUUUGUUGCUUGUCUGGCUGUCGCUGAUCUUUUGGUUGGAAUGAUUUUGGUCCCACUUCGGUUGUAUCAACUUGUGAACAUAGAAAAUGGAGGAAUUACGUCUAUUCAUCUUUGCCGUUUUUACAUUUGGUUAGAUGUAUUUUUGGAAACAGCGUCUAUUUAUACCCUGACGUUCAUCAGUUUUGAUCGAUACCUGAAGAUCAGCAAGCCGCUUCAGUAUAAAUCACAAAUGACAACUUCCACAUCACUGAAAAUAAUUUUCAUCAUUUGGCUAAUCGCAGCUACCUAUGCGACUUUGGCCAUGUUUCCCUAUGCAGAUAGUCCUG